CUUGAACGCAUCAAAACCCGCGGCGCACAUGAGUAUGACGUCAUGCGCUCGGACCGAGCCGUGACCUGCUGCUCUGGCUAAUGCUAGGGGUCCGUACAACAGAUGUUCCGCAGAAAAUACACUAACCAAAAGUGAAACAGGAAUCGGAGCUACAUGGUUGCAGGCUUGCGGAGUUUGUCUCUAAAUAUAUUCUACUGAGGUAUCAACUCAAUGACAAGUCAUACACAUGGUUGCCUCCUGGCUUUAGCAGCAGCUUGACCCUCGUCAUCAUGGACUCUUGAAAUCUUCAGGCUUCAGCGGCUCAUCAGGUCGCUUGCGGUUGUUUUGAACCGGAGGUCACCGUUCAGACUACAACCGGUCUGACCUCCCAAGCAGAGGGAGCGAGCAGAUGGGGAACUGUUGCUGUCGCACUGAGAGUCCCUGUGGCAGUACGGAGGAAAGAAGUGGUUUGCUGAAAGAUGACUCGAAGGCUAUGGUGCCCACAGGUGAAACAUUUGUGGUGGACAACUGUGGUCCUGAAGGAGAUGAUGACAGCAGGAAAAUGCCUAAUGAGGUUUAUAUGAAGGUGCAGGAGGCUGUGCAGGUGAAGCAGAGUCCUGAGGUUGCAGACACAGAGCCCAAUAACACUCAGGAGAAUGGACCCGUGCAGAAGGUCCUACAAACAGCAACACCUUCUCCCAGCGAAGGGUCUGAACUCAAAGAAAACUCCACCAGACUACAAGAUGAAGAUAUGAAGGACCGUCCUGCAGACAGUGGACAAGCUGAACUCCUGCAAUGCACUUUAAACUCUCUUCAGAAAGAACCCGCCGCAGCUGAUUGGGAGGUUUUUACAGCAACAAAAGCGCCACCAGAAGAAGAAAAUCCAGCCUCGGCAGAGGACAAAAUCCCUGACAGUGGCUCACUUACGGCCGAGGAAGUUUGCCCUGAAAAGCAUACUGAGACAAACACAACAGAGCACAUUACAUUAGACACUACUCAUGAUGAUGAUGAUGAUGAUGAUGAAAAAGCAGACUCUAAAGUCACUAUUGAAAACUGUGCUGUAGCCGAGCCAUCGGGGGAGUGUUCUCAAAACAGUGAAGUGUUAUCUGUGCCAAACCCUCAGCUCACUGCAGCAGCUUGUCCGAUGCCAUCCAGCUGUGCGGUCAGUCAGGAGAACGACAAAGAGUCUCCGAGCUGUGCUGUGACAGAGGAUGAGAGUUCUUCAGGGUGCAAGGAGGCCGGUCCUGAAGUCAUAAACAGCCGUGAUGCCUGUGAGUGUUCUCUUGGAUCCGAACCCGCGGGACUCGACCACAGUGGUGAGGAACGAGACUCCGCCAGCUGUGUCAGGGAGCCAGAGACCACGGCUCCGGCAGACGCCAGCGAGAGCUCAAAGUCCGGUCAGGAUGCACAGCCAGAUCUUCAGUGCUCAAGCUCAAAGGAGGUCACUUCCUCUGAGGACAUCAAACAGGAUAUUGGGGAAGAAACAAAGCUGAAAGGACAGGACAAAAAUGGAGAUGUUCCCAAAGCGAAGGAGGAGGAUGAGAUGAAGGAGGAGGCGGAGGAGGAGGAGGACGAGGAGGAUGCUCCCACAGAGGCUGAGACCCAGGCUGUGAAAGAUGCUAAGACCCAGGAGGUCGCUGGAGAAGAGGAGCAGCUGACAGGGAGCACAUCCACUGACGAUGAGAAACCUGUGACCGAGAGGGAAGACUCUUCCGAAGAUGGCCUGGGGAACAGUGAAGAAGACCUGUACAGAGGAGCCGAGGAACUGUCGGCAUCACAAAAAAAUAAAUCAGAAACUACAAUUUUAAAGGUGGAGGACAGAUGCAGUCUGUCCCCGGCGGUGGACAUCCUGUCUUACAGUGAGAGAGAGUGGAAGGGAAACACUGCCAAAAGUGUUCUCAUUAGAAAGGGUUACAAAGAGAUGUCCCAGAGGUUCGUCAGCGUGAGGAGAGUGAGGGGGGACAACUACUGUGCCCUCAGAGCCACGCUGUUCCAGGUGCUCUCACACAGCACCCAGCUGCCCGCAUGGCUGCAGGAGGAGGACAUUACUAUGUUGCCGAAGCAACUUGAGGCCCGGGAGAGUCUGAUAAGUCAGUGGACGUUUCCUGGUGACUGCCUGCAGGGAGACGGGACAGGAGAUGCCAUCCUGCAGCUAAAAGGCUACAUGGAGCUUCUCCUAAAUAAGUGGCAGGCGGCAGUGGACUGCUCCUCGGCUGCGGAGCGGCAGCAGCUGUGCGAGCAAGUGUUUCAGGGAGGAGAAGAAGAGCUGGGGCUGCUGGAGGCGCUCAAGCUGCUGAUGCUGGGCAGAGUGGUGGAGCUGCACCGCUGCAUGCAGGGCGGCGGAGACGUCCCGCUCUUCUGCUGGCUGCUGUUCGCUCGGGACUCAUCCGACUGUCCGCGCUCCUUCCUCUCCAACCACCUCAGCCACAUGGGCCUCAGCGCCGGCCUGGAGCAGGUUGAGAUGUUCCUGCUGGGCUACGCCUUGCAGUGCACCAUUGAAGUUUACAGACUGUACAAGGCGGACACAGAGGAGUUUGUCACCUACUACCCAGACGACCAUAAGGACGACUGGCCGACUGUGUGCCUCGUCACAGAGGAUGAUCGCCACUACAAUGUGCCAGUUGUAGAAGCUGCAGAAGAACUACACAAGCAGCUCACCUCCAGCUGAUUGCCACUGCAGAGAAAACCUCCUGCCAUACAAACAAAACACUCCUCAGGUCAAUCAAGAUGACUCCAUUCACGCCAAUUAAAGGAAUAGUUUAACAUUUUGGGACAUUUCUUGCUGAGAGUUGGACGAGAAGAUCAAUACCACUCAUGACAUGUCUGUUAAAUGUGAAGCUACAGCAGGCAGGUGCUUAGCUUAGCUCAAAGACGGCAAAUGUGUGGACACAGCUAGCCUGGCUCUUUCCGACAGACAGUUUCUAUUCUUUGUGCUUUGCUGUCGCUUCAUAUUUAGCGUACAGACAUUAGAGUUGCAUCGAUCCAUCUGUAUCUAACUCGCAGCAAAUAUUUCCCAACAUGUCGCUCUAUUCCUUUACAAAGAAAUAUGCUGAUUUGAGACCCUGUACAAGAUGUGGUUUACACACUUUUUUGUACACACUGUACUGUAUACAGAGUUUUCUAUUUGGGUGUGUGUACAUAUGUGCAUCUGAUAUUGCGGGAUCAUCUCAGUUAUGUCCAAAAUAGUUUGCAGGGUGUCAUUUUGACUUUCAGGUUGUGGGGAGCCCAAAUUCUUUGAGCAACUUUUUUUUUUUUUUAAUUUUUUUACAUUUAUUUUCUCCGUUUCCAUUUCUGCCUAAAUGAUUUAGAUGGUUGGUGUUUACACUGGAAUUUGGGCACUUUAAUUUACGUAUUUAUUCUUUUUCAUUAAGUCGGAAAAAAGAAUCGAAACGAGUGAAUUAGUCAAAGAGGGUUUGAUGAUUUAUCAGGUUUAACGGCUCAUACCCGAUCGGAGGACUUAUAAGAUUUAUCGCAGCUUCUGUGUCAGAGGCGUGAUUUUGUGAUGGUGUGUGUGUGUGUGUUUGCAACUGUGUGUGUGUGUGUGUGUGUGUGUGUGUGUGUGUGAAACUAAAUGUGUAACAUGUUGCCUUUAACCAAGCUGUUCUGAGGGGGAAAACGUGCCAAAGUUGCUGCAAAUACUGGCAACAGUCCCAAACACCAGCCACUGGAUUCAGUAGUAAACGCUCGCUUGGUCCUCCAUGUUGCCUUAGAAAUAAUGCACAAUAAGAAUGAAUGUUGGUUAUUAGUGAUAAGAGGCCGUUGUCUUGCCCUUAUUCCAGAGCAGGUGAAGGAGAAACAUCGAUUGUGCCAUUGGCAGGAAUGUUCUGUCUGUUUUUUGGAUGGCAUUUAGAUAAAGUAAAAGUACAAUUGUUUUGUAAAAGCUCUUUCUCUUUAUGAUUUAUAUCAGCUUGUUAUAGCGUGAGCUAAUUCUUUUUGAGAACUAUAAACAUGAGUUUGAACUGAAGUUUCAGAACAUGACAUGUCUGUUUGGGGUCUCAUAGACUCCAUCUGUAAAACAUGGUUUAAUACAAUGGAUUUUCCUAAGCUCUAAAUCGCU